UGCGGGGCCCGAGUACUGGGCGCGCUGUGCUUGCUGCUGUCGGUGGGCUCGGCCGCCGCCUGCCUGCUGCUGGGCGCCCAGGCGGCCGCACUGCACGACCGAGUGGCGGCGCUGGAGCAGGAGCGCGAGAUGUUGCGACGUGCGGGGUCGUCCGGAGCCCUGACCGCCUGGGCCGAAACGCACCUGGAGCGCCUGCUGCGGGAGAAGUUGGAUGGAGUCGCCAAGCUGCGGACAGUUCGGGAAGCCCCCUCCGAGUGCAUCUGUCCCCCAGGUCCCCCUGGACGGCGCGGCAAGCCUGGACGAAGAGGCGACCCCGGUCCUCCCGGGCAAUCAGGACGAGAUGGCUACCCGGGACCUCUGGGUCUGGACGGCAAGCCAGGACUUCCGGGCCCCAAAGGGGAAAAGGGUGCACCGGGAGACUUCGGCCCGCGGGGAGCCCAAGGGCAAGAUGGAGCUGCAGGACCACCUGGGCCCCCUGGACCACCUGGGGCCCGGGGUCCUCCUGGUGACACUGGGAAAGAUGGCCCCAGAGGAGCUCAAGGCCCAGCGGGUCCCAAAGGAGAGCCUGGACAAGACGGCGAGAUGGGCCCCAAGGGACCUCCAGGACCAAAGGGGGAUGAUGGGAUGCCCAGUCAGCCAGGAAUCCCUGGACCCCCAGGGCCCAAGGGUGAGCCAGGGGAUGUGGGGCCCCAAGGAGAGAAUGGAGUGGACGGUGCCCCAGGAUUGAAGGGAGAACCCGGCCACCCAGGCACAGAUGGAACCACAGGGCCCCGGGGUCACCCAGGCCUCAAGGGAGAGCAAGGUGACACAGUGGUGAUCGACUACGAUGGCAGGAUCUUAGAUGCCCUGAAGGGUCCUCCUGGGCCACAAGGAGCUCCGGGGCCACCAGGGAUCCCUGGACCCAAGGGUGAACUUGGAUUGCCUGGUGCCCCAGGAAUUGAUGGAGAGAAGGGUCCCAAAGGACCCAAAGGAGACCCAGGAGAGCCAGGGCCAGCUGGGCCCAAAGGCGAAACAGGCGAGAUGGGCCUGUCAGGCCUCCCGGGUGCUGAUGGUCCCAAGGGAGAGAAAGGAGAGUCAGGAUCCGACCACCUACAGGAGAGCCUGGCCCAGAUCAUAGUGGAGCCAGGGCCUCCUGGGCCUCCCGGUCCCCCUGGACCUAUGGGCCUUCAGGGGAUUCAAGGCCCCAAGGGCCUGGAUGGAGCCAAGGGAGAGAAAGGUGCAUCGGGUGAGAGAGGCCCUCACGGCCUGCCUGGACCAGUUGGCCCACCAGGCCUUAUUGGGUUGCCAGGAACCAAAGGAGAGAAGGGCAGACCAGGAGAGCCAGGACUUGAUGGUUUCCCUGGACCCAGGGGAGAAAAGGGUGACCGGAGUGAACGUGGAGAGAAGGGAGAACGAGGGGUUCCUGGCCGGAAAGGAGUCAAGGGCCAGAAGGGAGAGCCAGGCCCACCGGGCCUUGACCAGCCAUGCCCCGUGGGCCCUGACGGGCUGCCCGUGCCUGGCUGCUGGCAUAAGUGAUCCUCAGACAUGGCUCCCAACCUGUACAGAUCCGUUUGGAUGUUUUUAACUUGUGUAAAAACAAAACAGUAAUAUAUUGAUCUUCUUUAUGGGAUGCGCCAACGGUGGCCUUUGAACAUUUGAGAGUGUGCCAACCAGCCCUAGGACAACCUACACAGGAAGUCGGCAGGAAAGCAGACAGGCCACUCUGGAGAGUCUUGUACUCGAGGGCCCCCGGCAGGGCCUGGCUUUCCUAGAGAAGAUAACGAAGGUGAAAACGCCUGGCUCAGGUGAGGCUGGACAGACUCCAGGUUGGGCCUGCAAUCACCUGAUUAGCAGAGACACACAACAACUUUCCCCUGAUGCCCCACAGCCCCAACAUCUCACUGUCCAACAAGACCCCCUUGGACGACUGCUGUACCUUCCUUCCUCUGGACCCUGCCACAGGCAGCUGCACUGAGACCCUGUGUUCAACAGGGCAAGCGACAAUUCCUAGAAUCCAGCACUUGGAGAGAAGGUGAUGGAAAGAACAAAGAGGGUCUUGCUGUACCCAAGCUCAACAGGCUUCCAAAAGCCACCCUGUGAGAGGAGCUUGUAUCCUCGGGCCUUGGGAAAUGGCAGGACGCUGUGAAUGCCUCAGUGUGGCAGCUCAGUGACCCCUGACUGUAGGGUUGGGAGACCCAGAUGCACUAGUUGCUACUUCUGGUCUCCUUCUCGCCUCACCCAAAGCAGGAACAGAAAAACUUUGUCAGCCCUGAGGAGAUAGGCCUCCUGUUCAGAGCUUGGGUCUCACUGGCCCCAAGUCUCCCACCUAGAACUCUGGCCAGCCUGGCAGAGACUGGCCUCCUAGUAGGUGGUACAGACACCAUGAACCCAAAGGCUGGUCCCUGCUAGCCGGAGCAAAACACCUGUGACAGAAACCCCUGUCCUCCGAGAAGGGGCUUCAACACUGCUAACAAAGGUUCCUAGCUACCCGCAUCAUCCAUGGCCUCCCAUCCCUCUCUGUGCCAAGGUGUGAGUAAUAAACCACACGUGUGUGUCUGGG